AUGGCUGCAAGACAGCAAAGGCAACGCCGUGUUUUUAAGCCUAGAUUAGAUCCCUUUACGGAAUACAAUGCUGUAGGACUUAUCACACGCUACCGUUUUGAUAGACAAGGAAUUGAACAUAUCGGGACGCUGAUUGACGAUUUCGUUUCGCCAGCAACAAGUCGAAAUGAUGACUUCGGAAUUCACCAAUCCACUGUGUCUAGGAUUGUCCAGAGAGUCUCUACGGCCUUAACUCGACCGCACAUCAUUCAAAGAUAUAUAAAAUUUCCCACUGACGCUCAGACAAUUCAGCGGCACCAGACAGACUUUCACGCAAUUGCCAACUUUCCGGGAGUUCUCGGCGCCAUCGACGGGACCCAUGUUAGGAUAUUACGUCCUACAGUCAAUGAAGAAGAAUUUGUUAAUAGAAAAAACUUCCACAGUGUAAAUGUGCAACUUGUCGUGGACGCACAUAGUCAUAUACUGGACAUAGUCGCCAAGUGGCCUGGGUCAACACAUGACGCGAGAAUUUUACGAGAAAGUGGCAUUAGCCAAUUAUUUCAAACACCCGGAAUAAUUCCUGUUAAAUGUCACUUACUCGGUGAUAGUGGCUAUCCGUGCAAGAACUGGAUCCUGACUCCCUUCCUUAACCCUGCAACCCGACAGGAAAGAAGAUACAAUGGAUCACAUAAGGUGACGAGGUGCAUUGUGGAGAGAACCAUAGGACAAUGGAAAAGACGUUUUCACGUACUACAUUCUGAGAUAAGGUUGUGUCCAGAGAGAGCUUGCAAGAUUAUCAUGGCCUGCGCAGUACUUCAUAAUUUAGCAAAAUUGUUCAACACGCCAAUCAUUGAUGAGGAUGGAGAAAGCGACGAUGAUUCUGAUGAGGGCAGUGAGGAAGAUGAUGCUGACAACAACAACUGUGUCCCUGACAAUCUGGAUGGUAGAGCAUACAGAAAUCACAUUACAAUGAAUCAUUUCUAG